ACCGCAGCCUAACCAGCGCAACAAAAACAUACACGUCGUACCAACAACACACACCACACAAGUGCGUACGUAAUUUUUUCGCCAACCAAAUGGUUCGCGCUGCUGCCCCAUUCCGAAACAGUGACUGCCCGCGACUAGUCCACCUCGACUGCACAUCCAACGCGAUGGCACAGUGCCAGUGAAAGGGAAAUCGAGUCGAGUACUCCCGUGCGGCGGUGAACAACAACAUAUCGAACCCGUACUUCCGUAGUGCAAUACAAUCCCCUUUGCUGCACAAGGGGUUGGUAGCAAACGUGUAAUGGUGGUGGUGCGUGUGGCAACUUCCGGCUCCUACCAUCGGCCACACAUCGGAUCGUCCGCUGCGUGGCUGCUGCUGCUGCUGCUGCUCGCGGUGAGUACCGUCGACCUCGGCACCGGCGGUGCGGUCGGACUGCGGGAACGGCUGAGCAUCUACGAGCAGAAGCGCUACCAGCGCCAGAUCGAGGAAAGUGAAAACAGCGGCCUGUACGAUGCGACCGAUUCCGUGAUUUCGCUCACGGCGGCCAAUCUGAAGCAGCGGGUGUUUAACCAACCGCACGCAUCGCUGGUCGAGUUUUACAACUCGUACUGCGGGUUUUGUCGCCGGUUCGCACCGAUCUGGAAGCAGCUCGCCUCGGACAUACUCGGCUGGCAGAAGCUGGUCCACGUAACCGCGCUGGACUGCUCGCGGGACGAAAACAAUGCAAUCUGCCGGGAGUUCGAGGUGAUGGCCUAUCCGACGAUCCGGUUCUUUUCACCGUAUUACGCAGAUGGCGAGCAGAAGAUAGGAGAACCAGUGAAAGAGCACGAUGAGCAGCGCAUCAUUGACCGGUUGGUCGAGUACAUGCAGCGGGUCGAGAACAGACCAACCAACUGGCCCAACCUAACCGCCAUCAAUCGGACGGACGAUAAGUCCGCGCUGUUCGAUGUUACCUCGUUGUCUGGUGCCACCACCAGGCCCAAGUACGUUUACCUGAUAAACGAAAAGGACGCCAAUGCAACGGUCGGUUUGCAGGUGAUUCUCGACUUUCACGAUACACCGGACGUAAGCGUGUACCGGGUGCAUGAUCCCACCCUGCCCACAAACGGUCUCUCCGUGGUGGAUGGCACCUCACUGAGCGUCAUCAACCUACCGAUCGAUGAGUUCGGUCGCGAUAAGGUACGCGAUGCGAUACGGUUGCAUCUGCGCCAGCAUCACAUCGUCGUGACGGACGUGUCGACCAAGUCGACCAAGAAAGCGGGCGAUGGUGCCGGUGUGGCAGGCGAUGGCGGUGGUGGUGGCGGUACGACCGAGCAGAACAUAUCCGCGCUGAUGGAGCAAAAGCAGGAGGCGGCAAUCCGGGCCAAGGUGAAGGAACUCGGGGCGGCCGUCGUGUACCAGGCCGAUCUGGAGGAAGCGGUACGGUUCGCGCUGUUCCACGAGAUUGGCCGGUACAAAACGAUCGAAGGCGAUCGGUUGGUGGCGUUGCGCAACUUUCUCAACGUGCUCGUGCGCUACUUCCCGUUCAACGAUAAUGGGCGCCGAUUCCUGACCGAGGUGCGCCAGUACGUGCUGAAUGCGGGCGAGAAACGGCUCGACGGGGAAGCGUUUGUGGCACGCGUGAAAGCGCUCGAAACGGAACGGAAGCCGGUGUUCUCGUCGAACCACUGGAUCGGGUGCUCCGGCUCGAAGGAAGGCUUGCGCCGGUACCCGUGCGGUCUGUGGACGCUGUUUCACUACCUAACGGUGCAGGCCGCUGAGAGCGAUCUGUCCAACAGUCCGCUGGAGGUGCUGGAAGCGAUGCACGGCUACAUCAAGAACUAUUUCGGCUGCUCCGAGUGUUCGCAGCACUUCCAGCAGAUGGCCGACCGGAACCGCAUCUGGCAGGUGGCGACGAAGGACGAUGCCGUGCUGUGGCUGUGGUCGAGCCACAACGAGGUCAACAAGCGGCUGUCGGGCGAUGCGACCGAAGAUCCCGACCAUCCCAAGGUGCAAUUUCCGACCGCGAGCGAUUGUGCGCAGUGCAGGCGCAAGAUCCUGACCAACCACCACAACCACCAGCAGUACACGAUGGAGGACGGGAACGAGUGGAAUCUGAUGGAGGUGCUGAGCUACCUGAAGCACAUGUACGCGUACGAACGGCGCAAUCUGUUCGGCCUGCACGACAGCAGCCUGGCGCCGCAGGGGUCCGAGGGUCGGUCGGAAUGGGGCGGUGCGGCGGCUUCCGGCGCUCAGACGAGCUACCAUUCGUACGGUAACGUGCUGAGCGAUAUCGACAUCCGGUUCAGUGCGCUGCUGUACAUUACCUGCAUCGUGAUGAUUGUGAUUGCGAUCAAGAUGGUCGUGAAGCGAGGUUACCGGAAGAAGAUGUAUCCACACGACAUACUGGGCAAAGUGUAAACCGGUACGGGGAACAGGGGAACACAGACUGUAUCCUGCACAACAUUCCACACAUGGGGGGGAAAGGAGAGCAGAUCGUCGUUUCGAUAAUGCUCAGCAAAGUGACGAAGUUAGGAAGUGCUGCGUUGAAGCCAAUUCAACGGACACGGGCGGCGCUCACCAGGGAAGCAACCACCAGUACUGAUGAUUUUACGAUUUCUAUUUUAUCCUUGCCAAACUCUACCCCAAAGAGAGGGUUUUGUAACUCGUUGUUACUAUUAUGGACGCAGCUUGACCGCCUAAAAAUGCCAUCUAGUAGCCAACAGGAGAGGAUUCGCUCUUCUUUACAUUCUGACGUGCAUGGCUCCCGUCUUUCGGGAGGAGAUAAAGUUAUUCUGACUAAAUAAAUACUAAACCAACACUGCAAA